AGCAUCACAAGGAGGAAGAAUUGAAUUUGACAAGUAUAAAAUAGAAAAUUGCAUUUUGAAUAUUUUUGAAUAUGAAGAAAAUCAUUAUAGUUAUUUAAAAAGAUUGGCUUAUUUUUUUCAGUGUUAGUUUUGAUCCUCGUACUCGUCAUACAAUUUGGUCAUUACUUAUCGGUAGUUCAUUCAAUACACUUGCAACAUAUGGUUUUAAUCAAACACAAAUACAACGUUAUAUGUCUAUUCGUUCAACACGGGGUGCUAAACAAGCUCUAUUUAUUAAUGCAAUUGGUACAAUGAUUCUUAUUCUUUUAUCAAGUUUUAUGGGAGUUAUUCUUUAUGCAUAUUAUGUUGAUUGUGAUCCAUAUACAUCUAAAAAAAUUGAAGAUAUUGAUCAAAUUUUUCCAUAUUUUGUUAUGGAAGUAUUAGGUGAUAAAAAAGGUUUACCAGGUGUAUUUCUUGCUUGUAUGUUUUCUGGUUCUCUAUCAACUAUUUCAUCUGGAUUGAAUAGUCUAGCAGCGGUACUUAUUGAAGAUAUUUAUAAAGGAUUAAUGAAUCGACAAAUGACUGAUCAACGACAAGGUUUUAUAUCUAAAAUUGUUUCAAUUAUACUUGGAAUUUGUAUUAUGUUACUUACUUAUGUUGUUAGUUUUUUUGGAUCAAUUCUUAAUGCAACUUUAUCUUUAUUUGGUGUUCUAGAAGGUCCUAUUAUGGGUGUUUUCUGUCUUGGCUUUUUCUUUCCACAAGCUAAUCAAUGGGGUGGAUUGAUAGGAUUUUUAGCAAGUCUCGCUCUGCAAUUAUGGAUCUUUUUAGGUGCUCAAAUUACAAAAAAUCAAAUGAAAAAUGUACGUUUACCACUUUCAAUAGCUAAUUGUACUGAUAUAACAAAUAGUACAAUAGAACAAAUGAAUACAAAUCAAAUAGUAUCAACAAAAAGUGAAUAUAAUAUACAUUUUAGAAGUGAUCCUUUUAUUAAUUUGUAUUCGGUGAGUUAUAUGUGGUAUACACCAAUUGCAGUUGGUACUGUUCUACUUGUUGGUGUUAUUGUUUCAUAUUUAACUCAUCCACUUAAACCACAUGAGAUUGAUCCUAAAUUGAUUAUACCAGUAAGUGAUAUAUGUUGUUGUUUACCUAAACGAUGUCGUGAUUGGCUUAGAUGUGAUGUCAAUAAUAAAGUCCAUCUGAAAGAAAAGGUGAAUAGUUUUUAUUAA